AUGCUCCAUUCCAGCCCACGAACGUUUUAUCACGGAUCAAGGCAGACAUUUGACAAUCUCAACACCUGGAUCAAGGAUACCAAGCGAAUCGGAUACGGUAUUCAGACCCACGAACCCUUCAUUCAAGAUUGGCCCACUAUGCCUCCAAAUGAAGCAACAGGUCUUCUCAACUUGCUGCAGCAGGAGAUAAAUAAGAGACUACCUAUCGCUGAGAACGAUACUGCACCGGUCAACUUCGCUCUAUCGCAACAGAACGGUGCUCCGGCACCCCUAAGAUUAAGUGAUCCCAAGAUGCCGACUGUAACGACCGCACUUAGCCCAACAUCAAACUCUGAUACACAGUCAAUGUUUCAAGCCGCAGAAGCACAGCCUGGAGCUGAUGAGCAUGGCAGGAUUGACGCCAGGGCGUCUCCGUCUUCACCGACGUCCGUUUAUAGUGUUCCCUUUUUGCUGUGUGCUGACUCUGGCACUGAGUCUGGACCUACAUGUCAUGAACAUCGGGAGGAAACAACGAAAGUUUCUAGGCAUGUUAGUUUUACGGAUCUGAAUAUCAAUAAGUGCAUGCCGCCGAGUACAACUUCAAUGACUGAAGACAACGAAGAACAUCUCACCGACAAAGCUAUUUUACCUCCUCCACAAUCUUCAGAGCCGCGUCUGUCGAACCACCCACUACAGCCUGUUCUCGUUAGCAUUCGUAACGAUGCUAAGAACUCACCUUUGGACAAGCGAAGAUUGAACCAUAAGACCCUAAGAAGAUCAAACUACUUUUGGCACCAUCACGCACGAGUUAUUGAGCUGCUGGAAGAACGAGCUGAAAUUAAAACAAAGUCCAAGCCUAUGUCUGCUUACACAGUUCUGAACCUGGCAUGGACGAUUUUCAUUACCGCAGCUAUGACUACGAAGAAACCUCCAGCGACUGAUGUUAGACGUCUACAAGCUGAAAUGAGCAGAAGUUACAUGUAUUGUAUGUGGAUGGCAAAUAUGGAUGGCACGGUAGACACCGACGCCCGGCUCGAUGUUUCUACAUUCUGGUAUGCAGUCGGUGAGCCGCUCAGCUCGAGAUUCCGACUCGAUCUCGGACUUGGGUCAUUGGAAGUCUCCAUGCCGGGCACGAGUUCAGCUAAGCCUGGAAGCAGAGAUGACUUGACGAUCGCUCACUCUCAUAUUUUACACAUUCUUAAUCUCAUUCAACGUGAGUUUACGAAUUUUGACGACAGAUUUUCACAUCGGCGAGGUUCUCAUAUGUUCUGGGUGUUGUCUAUUUGGUAUUCCAUGCACGACCUCCAGAAGUUUAAACUCGAUGGAUGGAAACACGAGCCGUUACUUUCAACUCAAGCAGUUAGAACACCAAGCAUCGAAGACGCUGAUGCUGAACAGAAGAUUGUCAAGCAGACUUCUCGGGUCCUAUCAGGAGGUAUCUUUGAUGAAUUUAAAGACUCUUCAACGUACUCUGUCGGUCUCAAUGGAUUCAAAAGGGGCAAGACAAAGGGCAGACGCUCGAACGUACCCAGCAUUACAAUCAGUCACCCAGAGACAAAUCCUCCGUCAAACUCAUAUCUCUCAACGAUCCCGGAUACUCUCCUAUCACCACAGAGCAGUAGACGGUCACCGCGUUCGAAAACUGGCGCAGCGCCUCGGAAAUCUGGUGGCCGCUAUCGCUUAGCCAAACAAAAACCUCUUCCCCCAUUACCAAAGAAGGCUCCCGAAGAUGGAAAAAGUGGUAAUAGCCAUAAGCAAUCAAAAAUCACGCCAAGAAGUUCUUGGGCAUUGAAGAUAUGGGCACUAAAAUCACCUCGAUCGUCUCGUUCGGUGAAGGAAAUCGACAGAAAUAACGGCAGCUCCUUCAUGAUAUUGGACUGA